UUUCGUGUAGGAACUCAAGAAACGAAGAAUACAGUGAUGGUCACCCCAAGUGCAAGCAUUGCUGCGCCGCCACCAGUUGUGACCCCUCCUGUCCAAGAACAAACUAACGUGCGAACUCUUACAUCAACAGCACCACCUAGGAAAUACACAAACACCGUACUGGAAGUGAAGAGAUUGCCGCCAAGUAUGAAUAAUAUCGCUACGUUAAAUGGAUAUUUUCAAAGGUUUGGAAAAAUUGUAAAUAUUCAGGUAUGGUUUCUUCUGUGUUUCUUUCUUGAACGUUCAUGUCCCCUCACCAUACAGUGUUAUCUUCUUCACAAUGGACGACUCCGGCUAUAGACGAAAUUUUUAUCUAAGCAGGAAGAACGAAACCAUUACCAUGCGUAGCUGGAGAAACGCAUCUUGAAAUGAGUAAAAUUGCAAAGUUUGGUCGCGAAUUGUUGUAAAAUGAGGAAAAUAUAGCCCUCUGAAGUUCGCAAAUUUUGCAUAUAUUUGUAUAGUACGCGCGUGAAAAAUAACCAUUCUUGAGCCGAAAGUAUCCGACUAACUACAGCAACGCAGUUAAGUUAGGACAGUUAAGUUAGUUAACGCUAACUGCAGUUAACGUUUUAACUACGUUUUUUUACAACCGGCCCCAGAUCCGCGACAUCGACGACGCGGUGUGGAACUAAGUCGCACUCUGCCGGCAAUGCGAUGAAAAAUCCAAGGAAAAGCAAAACAAUAGAUACUUUCCGAAAGCUUGAAAUUGAGGCGGACAUACACAUCCAUUGUAACCAAGUAGUUUUCAUUGCCAGCCGACAAAUUCGGGAAGUGUCUAUUGAACCACAAAACUAUAUAAUACUUCAGAUCAAUAGGUACAUGUUUUCCUUAUUUGUUUACAGGUUUCUGCAUUGGGUCAACCUGACGUGGCAUUAAUUCAGUUUUCGACUAAUUUUGAGGCGCGCAAAGCAAUAUCUUGCGCAGACGCAGUUCUUGGGAAUCGUUUUAUCAGAAUAUUUUGGCACAAAUCUGAAGCUGAUCAACAAAAGGUAGGAUCUAUACAUUCCUGUACCACACCUGAUCUAAUGGCGGAUAUAUAUAUAUAUAUAUAUAUAUAUAUAUAUAUAUAUAUAUAUAUAUAUAUAUAUAUAUAUAUAUAUAUAUAUAUAUAUAUAUAUAUAUAUAUAUAUAUAUAUAUAUAUAUAUAGACCUUAUUCAUAAAUCGUGAUCGAGGCCUCGUAUCCUAGGAAACGGGGAAAAACGCGGGAAAAUUGACAAAAUGUUUCUUUUGCUGUCGGCUAUGGCAGCUUUUUAUCGUCAAUAUUACGGCUUUUUUCGAAAAUAAUAUCUAUAAAACUGAGUUUGAAAGUUGAAAAAAAUACUUAUGAGAAAUAUAACAUGAUAUUUAAAGCAAAAGAUGCUGGAGUCAAUUGAAAAAGGAAACCUUUGACUUUGUAUCAUUGUGGUAGUUUGUAUGGCCAAAACAAACAACCAACAAGGCUACAAAACGUCUAUGCAAUACCAAAAUCGUAAGAAAUAUGAAACUAUUGUUGAAGAAAAAAGAUUACAACUCACUCAGGUAAUGUAGCCUUCAUUUUUUAAACUUGUAAGCUGCUUGCAGAAUGUUAUCGAGCCACAGCCAUAGUUCAUAUUUUCCCGUACGAAUCAAUGACAUUUGACGUUCUCUUGUGAUUUUUGACCUGUUGUUUUCUUUCAUAUUAAUUUCAAAUUCGAAAAAUUAUACUUUCAUUCCAUAGUUGUCUUGAUUUUUCACGGAAUAACCUUUAUAUUGACGUUAAAAUCUCAGUAGAAUGCUGUUUUUCGCUUCUGGAUAAACACUGUCGCUACGUUGUCAUUUUUUCCACACAAAAACGGGAGAAAAACCGGUCGCUUUUAUAAUAUACUCGUUUCCCGCUUUCGUUGUGGGCACAAAGUCUUAAAAUACACACAAAAAUCGUUAUAAAUCGCAAAAAGCAACAAGAAACAAGCCGUUGAAGUCGAUAUAUAGCAUCUGAAUUUGGCUUGUCAAGCAGUUUUCGCUUGUUUUCCCGCGUUUUUUCCCCGUAUCCUAGGAUACGAGGCCUCGUCACGAUUUAUGAAUAAGGUCUAUAUAAUUGAAAUUUUGAAAGAGAUUUUGAAAUCUGUAAAACUCUGUUUAAUUAACCAUGGCUAAUUAGUUCAGGAGAACUGGGUUCGAAGCAUAAUUUAUACAUGUAAAGUUUUCGCGGAAGUGUAGGGGUCGGCCUCGGUCAGCACACUAUUUACGAAUGAUGCACAUAUAUAUUUUCUAUGAUUUUAGAACCAAACCACUCCUUCCGAAAGCAGCCAACCUGUUACCAUAGCUGCCACUAUAAAGCCGACGGUAAUUGAAAAG